AUGGAGGAGGGCUACGGCGGUGCGUCGACGCUGGACGGGAUGUAUUUUGCUAAGCUUGUGCAAGAUACGCUGCCGUUGCUGGCGGCCGUCUACUUCUUCGGUGCAUAUUUCAUAACAAUUGUCUUUGCUCCUGGUAGCGAGAAAAAUAGUACCGGCUCGUCUCGCCGUUCCAAUGUUGUGAUCGGGUUUUUGAUAUCGACCGUCUUCCUGACUUAUAUUUGCUUACCAUCGUUUGUCUCUGCUGAACAGAUCGUGGACGCGGUAAACAAUCUCUCUUCCACCAUUGAAGGUGACGGGGCUGCCUUUGCAAAGGGCCAAAUUCUGUCCGAAUUGUCGUCAGGGCUUCUCUGGUUCACAACAAUAUUGCUGUACGCGGACAAACCACCACAGCCGGUGUCAUACCCUUUUUACGGCCAGUGGAUCAUAUAUCUCGUGUCAGAGAUCUCCCUGCUUCUGUGCCCUGCAAAUAUUUAUGCUCGAGCAAACAUUAUCAGCAUUCUAUGUCAAACCCUGAGAAUCAUCACCCUUUCACUGCUUAUUUGUGCUGCCUUUGGUCCCCGAGUCUUCCCAGGCAAGCAGACAAAGCUCGAUGAGGAAAAUUCGCCUUUACUUGCACAUGAGCAGUCGCUCAUUGCGGAUCCGGGUGCCACUGGUGCCCGUGUUAACGGGUCCGCAUAUGGGUCGUGUGACUCGGGUAUUUCAAACAACCAGUCAUCGAAAGACAAGCCAAAGGGCUCCAAGCCAAAAAUAGACGCUGAUGAUAGUGCGGACGAUGAGAAAAGAGGAGGCAUCUGGUCAUCGAUGAAGGACUUACGGGAGCUUGCGCCGUUCUUCUGGCCUUCAGGGAGACCACGACUUCAGCUCCUUUUCGGAGGAAUGAUCCUCUGUUUGAUAGCUGAGAGGGCAAUCAACCUUUUGAUUCCUAUUCAACUAGGGCUGAUAACCGAUAUCCUCAGCAAAUCUCAAGGUAACAAAACAAAGAAAGAAAGAAAACUCGUUCUUCAUAUAAUCCAUUGUGGUCGCUUACCCUGGGAACAAAUUUUAAUAUUUGCUGCACUCCGUCUUCUCGACUCCAGCGGAGGGUUACCUGCGCUGAGAAGGUUUAUGUGUAUGCCAGUUGACGAUUUCUCGUACCUGAAACUGAGUACAACAGCGUUCAAUCAUGUCAUGUCAUUAUCUUGUGACUUCCAUGACAACAAACACUCCGGCCGGCUAUGGACUGCGGUUAUCCGAGGACAGUCUGUUAAAGAUGUCAUACAUAGUAUUCUCUUUCUGGUCGCCCCAAUGAUCAUAGAUCUCGUGUUAGCCGUUGGCGUGCUUUACUACGUCUUUGAUGGCUAUAUGGCACUUGAUGUUGCGACAGUGAUGGUUCUCUUCCUAUGGUCGUCUAGCAAACUCGUCGCGAAACAGAAGGAUAAGCGGCGAGAGUGGAACGAGGCUCGGGGAGCAGAAUUUACUGCUCUAUUUGAAUCGACGGAGAACUGGCGCACUGUUUCCUAUUUCAGUCGAGUUCCCUAUGAGAUAUCCCGAUACUUGUCCCUGGUACAGGCCCAACUGAAAGCCAGGUUCAAAUUUCGAUUUUGGGAUCAUAUGGAGAAUGCGUCCCAAUCAGCCCUACUAAUAUGCGGACUUACCGCUGCUUGUUUCAUGGCAGCACAUCAUGUUUCCACAGGAGAGAAACCGAUUGGAAAUUUUGUUAUGCUACUGAGUUACUGGGCCCAGCUAUCCAGCCCGUUGCAAUUCAUCGCCAAUGGAUUCGGAGAGAUGGCCCGUGAUUUAGUCGAUGUUGAGGAGUUCCUCUCAAUUUUACGCCAAAAGCCCACUGUCCAGAAUUCUCCUGAUGCAAAACCUCUAAGAUUUGAAACUGGGAAUAUAAAAUUUACGGAUGUCAAUUUUUCGUACGAUGGAAAGAGAGGAGUACUCCGAAACAUCAACUUUCAAGCCAAAGCAGGUGGUACUACUGCAUUGGUUGGACAGACUGGUGGAGGAAAGUCAACAAUACUUAAGUUGAUAUUUAGAUUUUACGAUCCCACCCAAGGAAAGGUGGAGAUCGAUGGUCAGGAUGUUUCUGGAGUUUCUUUAGAAACACUCCGGGAGGGUAUUGGUGUGGUCCCACAAGAUCCAACACUUUUCAAUGCUUCAAUUAUGAGCAACCUACGCUACGGGAGGUUGGAUGCUACAGAUGAGGAGGUAAUGGAAGCCUGCAAGGCAGUUGCGCUCCAUGACAGAUUUAUGAGCCUGACAGACGGAUAUGACACUUUGGUAGGCGAAAGAGGUAUGAGAUUAUCUGGUGGAGAACUCCAGCGUGUUGCCAUUGCACAGGCUAUCUUGAAGAAUCCCAGAAUUGUUCUCCUAGAUGAAGCCACGAGCAGUGUCGAUAGCGAAACAGAGGCAGUGGUUCAAGAGAGUCUAAAGAAGCUCACCGCAGGUCGAACCACGCUUGUGAUCGCACAUCGACUCUCCACCAUUGUGAACGCAGACCGGAUUGUUGUCAUAAAUAAUGGCGAGAUUGUUGAACAGGGAACCCAUACUGAGCUGCUGCAGAAUCACGGAUACUACCGCCGCUUGUGUUUCCGCCAGGGAUUCCUAGAAGCCAGUGAAUCCGAUAGUGGCACCCCAUUCUCAGAGACUACUUGCUCGUGCCAUCAAUACCCAUCGAACGGAGAAAGGUCAUGGAAACCCGAUGCACCUGAAUUCGUUCCAAAGGCAUACAAAGCACCAGGAGGGAACCAGUCACAGUUCCCACUAAGCGAGUGUGAUCCGAACAGGCUGCAUCAAGAAGAUAAAGGUUUCUCAGAGUCGACUGUUGAUAUUUACGAAACAGAAACGGAUGACAGUUUUCACAUCGAAACUGGACCAGACCAGGAAAACUUUCAAGUAAAGUUUGCAGCAGAAUGCACCACGAAUACCAAUGAUCCUAGUCAGACUUCAAAGGGCGAUGCUAGACUGAGCCACGAUGAACCUAAGGUGUUCUAUCCCACUAUGAACGAGAAUGUAAGGGGCAAUUCCCUGGGGUUUGAUGAAACCUAUGAUGCUACGGCCGCCGAAGGACUCGAUGCUUCAAAGUGUGAUGCACAGGACAAACUUCGCAGGGGAUUAUCAAAGAGCGAACCCUCGAAUCUAGCAAAGGACAUUAGCAUUGAUGGUGAUGAGGACUCUGGUGACUGGCAAACUGUUGAAACCAAAACAACAGCCACAUCAGGCCCAAAAAAGGCGGUAGUAAAAAACCCAACGCGUCCUCGUCGUCGCAGAAACCGAAAAGGAAGAGAGAACUAUCAGAAAGCGGGAGUUCAGCCCUGA